AGUAAAAAUGUAGUUUCGAGUUUCGUCAUGUAGCCUAAAUUGCAGAAAUGACAAAAGUAGUCAAUAUCAAUUUUAAAUCUAGUGUAUUUUUUACAGGAUAAAUUAUAGGCUAUGUACACUUUUUUAAUGAAACCUCUAACUUUAUUUAAAACGGAUACAUUCUUUUCGAAUGUCCCUGAGGCCAGGGUUACACUCUGGAUGAAGUUUCUAAUGCAUUUGUAACAUUUCAUUCACUCUCAUCACCAUACAUCCAUGCUCAUCACACUGGCUUCUCAUUGAUGCGUCACUUCCGUCUCCUCCUUCUCAGAGCAAGAUGGCGGCCGUCGUAGAGAGAGUUGAUGGAUGUGUUGGGUCCUUGGACUCAGACUCGGGAUCCCCGAGACAGUGCAGCCCUCCCCCGGAGCAGCCGCACCAGAACAACCCGCUGCUCGGGCUGCCCAUCGUGGCCAUAGAGAACAUCCUCCACUUCCUGUCUUACGACGAGAUCAGCCUGCUGCGCGCGGUGUGUAAGCGCAUGGACACGAUCUGCCAGCGGAUCCUGAACCAGGGCUUCCUGAAGGUGGAGCGCUACCACAGCCUGUGCCAGAGGCAGGUGAAGGCCCAGCUGCCCAGGCGAGAGUCUGAGAGGAGGAAUCAUUCUCUGGCCCGUCACGCAGACAUCCUGGCUGCCGUGGAGACGCGCCUGUCUCUGCUCAACAUGACUUUCAUGAAAUACGUGGACUCCAACCUCUGCUGCUUCAUCCCUGGAAAGGUAAUAGAUGAGAUUUACCGCGUGCUGCGCUACGUGAACUCCACUCGAGCCCCCCAGCGGGCUCAUGAGGUCCUGCAGGAGUUGAGGGAUAUCUCCUCCAUGGCCAUGGAGUACUUUGAUGAGAAGAUCGUUCCAAUCCUGAAGAAGAAGCUGCCGGGGGCCGACCUGUCCGGGCGCCUCAUUGGCUCCACACCAGUGGCCGGACCCUCCACCUCUCUGACCACCAUGUCCCUGCUGGCCAAGAACACGCCGUCGCGCUCUGAGAUGACCAAGGUGCAGCAGCAGGUGAAAGUGAACGGGACAUCCAUGACGGUGCUGCGGCGGGAGAUGACGGAGAUCCGGGUGAAGCAGCUGGAGCAGCAGAAGCAGCUGCAGGACCAGGAGCAGAAGCUGCAGGAGCAGACGCAGGUGAUCGGGGAGCAGAGCGCCCGGCUGGCCGAGCUGGAGCACAAGCUCCGCGAGCUGAUGGACAGCAGUGCUGCUGCCAUGGGGGGGGCGGCCCCCUCCACCUCCAGCAGCGCCGGCGUGUCCUCUGCUGCGGCCGCCACGUCUGCUGGGGGGUCGGCAAGUAGCAGUGGGUCCUCUCUAUCCACAGGGCAUGAGGGCGAGGGGGGGGCAUCACUCAAACGCAGCAGAAAGAGCUCAGAGCGCCCCCGACAGUCCAAACGGCUGCGCAGCAAGAAAUAACACUGACUGAUCACACCUCUCCCCAAUCCCUCGCGUCACCCCCCCCCCCCCCCACAACACAUGACCUGUUCUGUCUGUGAGAGGAGUUGGGAGUAUCGCUCUUCGCUUUACCCCCCCACUAAUAGGCAGGUGGCCUUCGCAGCUUAGACUAUUUAUUGAAGGUUACAUUAAAAUGACUGUAUAGCUUUUUAAUGUAAAAGCUUUUAUAAGAGGCCUAUAUGUUUGCAAAAAUGUGGCAUGACUUAACAGGAACUCAGAUGGUUGGUAUUUUUGGUUCACAUUGUAUAUUAAUGUAGUUUCUGAAAUAAAAUCUACCAAGAGAUAUUAUUUUGGAAACCUGCACAAUUAAAUAGGAUAUCGGAAUACAAUGAUGGACUCAUAACAGUCCUCACAUCUCAAGUUUAAUGACCAUAACCUACGAAAGAAACCAAAUGUAAUGUUGCAUGUUUUGGGUUAUCAAUUGGCUCCUCUCCAUUGCCACAUGGGCAGGAGCUAUAAAUCCAUAGACACUUUUUAUAUUCACAUCCGCUCCUUCCUAGCUGUGGCUAAGUUGGCUGCUCAGACCCUUUCCUUUCAGUCUGGUCCAUUUUUGAAUCACCAAAAAAAGAAAGGCUGGGUUAGAGUCAGCUGUUGAAAAAAGUGAUUUGUUAAAAAGGUUUCCAGCUUGUCAGACCGCUGCGGCCCUGACGUGCCUGGUGUUCAUGCUUUUGUUUUAUUCAUGGCUAAAACAUGAUGUGCAUCUGUUCCUUUAUGAUCAUACUAGUGCUUCACGCAGCCUAUUUAAUACACGGACAUCAUUUCACUGCAGAACGUUCUGCUCCUGGAAACAUAUUUUAAUAUCGCCAAACAUAUUUUUCAAAAUAAGAGAAAUAGUAGUUAAACAAUCGUACAUUAUUUCAUACAUUGACAUUUUCAGUCUGAAAACUCCCUCUCCUCUCACUUCAGCAGAGUCUGAUAAGAUGAAUUGCUUUUGGAGUUUCUCGAAACAGUAACUAUGUUGGAAGUCAGCACCGUACUGCACACUACAUACUGCUCUGUAUAUACUGAGUUAACCAGUAUGCUAUCACCAGCUGUCUGCUACAUUGAUAGUUUACACUGAAGUAUCAAGCAAUAUGUUUUCUCUGCAUAACAGACUGCAUGGCUAACAUGACUGUUUAAAACCCCUGACAUCGCUUUAGCUUACAUGACCAUCGAUUGUAAUGACACUGGUCCGUGCCACCAUGGAAUGAAAAUUGAAACAAUUAUUGUUUAAUACUGUAGCUCUUAAUUGUACCAUCAACCAUCAUGCCUGAUUAUUUUAUCCAACAGUGCAAUAAUUAAACCAUCUGCCUGCAGUCUGAAGAGCCGCAAUGCAUUGUGGGGCAGUUGAUUAUGUUGUGGAAGCUCUCUUCUCAUGUUCUGAUAUUGGUAUACACAUUCAGGCAUUUGUCACAAAAACAUAGCCACAUGCUAAAGCAUCUGGAGCACACUACAUACUCUACAUGACAUCACUUGGUGCGCAGGAUGUUGAUAUGCAGUGAUGCUUUACAGAAACAGCUGUGGCAUGAUUUAGACUCACACACUGGCUAAUUAUUUGUAGUAGAUGGCUGGAAUCACACAGCAUGGUCCUAAAGGAAAUGAUACAAAAUAAAAGAAGUCUACUUUACAUGUGAUGGCAUUCUAAGGGUCUGUUCAUCCAAAUGAUACAUCUUCUCACUUCCUCUAGAGAUAUGUCUCCAAGACAUCUGCCCCAAUCACAAAACAAGGAAGGAAAGCUAACAUGCCUGGACAGAGGGAAGUUAUAAAUGAUAUUUUUAACGCUUGAAAGUUUGUCAAUUUUUUUCUUUUAAAUGUUGCGACUUACUUUGACAGUGAGGUUAAGAUGGUCCCUUUCUGAUGAGGGAACUAUGAUGAUUGUGAGCGGUCUGCAGUGACAGAAGGGGAGGGGAGGACUGCUGGCCCCCCGCCCCACCUCUUGCCUUGUGAGGUUAGCUCUGAGCCCAUAUUGUGGCUGCACUGUUGUUCUCUCUGUGUGGAGCUCUUCUGUUGUGUGGAGAACAUGAACAUUUGGUAAAGAAACUUUGGAGAUGCAGUUCAUGUCCUUGUGAACACUAGCGUCUAUUACAAUGUCACUGGGCAGAAACACAUCAUUUAGUGGCUUAAUCUGAGACUGCGUCUCAGAUUAGAAAACUGUACUGUAAUUUCCAUGUACUUUAAGUCUAGAUUGUGAAUUAUGUCAUGUAUGUAUACCAAGAAAACUAUCCUUUGAGUUGGCUAACUUGGGGCUAACUGCAGUUUUGUUUUCACACAUUGCUGUUACAAAUGUACACAUCAAACCUAUUAAAAACUCAACAUGACUCAC